AUGUGGACCUCAGCUCUGCUCCUGCUCUGCUCACACCUGAUUUCUGCGGGGCCCCUGCACGCCCAGUGUAAAGUGGACUGGUACUUUGGGAUUCGCUGUGAGGACGUGUAUGAAGCUCUGGUGUCCCAGAUCAAAGCCUGGAGGACCAUGAGCAGCUGCACCACCGGGGGCCAGCGCUGUCUCUACAAGCUGAAGUCGGCCUCAGUGCACUUCAUCGAGGCCGAACAUACCAGACCCUUCAGGAGACACGUGGACAACAUCCACAUUCGUCUUGCAGCGUUCCGCUUCUUCACCUGCUGCCAUGUCUCAGCCAUGUCCAUCUCCCAGACCUGGUACGCCAUCAAAGACCACGGCACCAACUACUGCAACCUCUACAACCUGAUGGAAGGAAGUGGUCUGACGGAGGCGCGUGGCUACAGGGAGGUGACCAGUGACUUCCUGUGCACCCAGAGGUCCUCCGCCAACUGCACCAUCUACUGA